CCAAUGUCAGUGCUAAGAGAACCUCAGAACUCACUCGUUAGAGAUUAGACACAGGAGUUUGAUAUCAACAUGAAGUCUGCAGUUUACAUGCUGAUGCUAAUCAGUGUUGCAGUUUAUGCAGACCAAGCAAGCAAAAAGAUUUUCAGCAAGAGAAUUUGUGAGGGCAAUACAUGCAAAUGGUACAGAUUUAUUAAUCGACAAGUCGCUUAUGCUGAUGCAGAGCUUUACUGCAGAAGAAAUUGGAACAAUGGACGUUUGGUGUCGAUACAUAGUGCAACAGAGAAUGCAUCUGUAUUGCGCUUAGUAAAGCGUAGCUGUGGAAACAGGGUUCCCUAUGCAUGGAUUGGUGCUGUACAACUGAUGGAAAGUAUACAUUUCAUCUGGACUGAUGGUUCCAUUUGGAAUUACAACAACUGGAUUCCUGGCCAACCAGACAAUAUAAAUCCACAUGGGACAGAGGCCUGUGCUGAAAUUUUUACUGCAAAUGAUCGUCCAGGUCAAUGGAAUGAUGAUCACUGUGGAUUCAAGCGUGCCUUCAUCUGUCAGCACUUUUAAAGUAUACACACUCUCCUUGUCUCAGAGACAUUUUGCUUACCACUCUCAGCACAAUGCUAUGAUUUCACUAGAUGAUUUGUAACUGAAUAACUCCAUUCAUUGAUUUUUGUUACUGCUUUCACAGCUCAGAAGACCCAGUGCAAAUGCUAAGUUCCAGGAAUGGCCAUUAUUCAAUACUUCUUAGGAUAACUGUCAGUUCCGUGUAUGACUUCCAUGAAAUAAGACAUUUACUCUGGUUUCCAGAACAUUAAAGCUGGCAUUAUACUCUGCUGUAAUUGAAAAACAGUUACAUUUAAUACAUUAAAAUGUAUACUACCAUAUCAGCUUUAUGAAUGCAAGAAUCCCAACUGAGUUAAAUAUAAUACUGUAUGACUAGACAGAACCACUGACUAACUAGACACAAAACAAAGCCAUAGCUUGUGUCAUGCCUCACUGCACAGUAUCAGGGUAAGCUUUUUAAAGAAAAUAAGUGAUUGUGUGGCUGUUUGUCUGUAUAUGCAUCUCUAAUAUCUGUAUGCCGAUCUAGUUAGUAGGACGGACAGUUAGAUUGACACACACACACACACACACACACACACACACACA